AUGGGGAACAGGUACUCCUGUCGCCAGGUGGAGCACCGGCAACUUUGGAGGCAUGAAGCUGCUCCUGGCCCUGGCAGGGCUACUGGCCUUCCUGGUCUUGCUCCAGCCCUCCGAGGUUGCUGCUCUAGCUGCCCAGGUCACGUGGAGACCUCAGUGGUGCUGACCUGCAUGGAGGAGGCCAAGCGACUAGUGGACAAAGCCUACAAGGAGCAGAGGGAAAGCAUCAAGCAGCGGCUUCGCAGUGGCUCGGCCAGCCCCAUGGAACUCCUGUCCUACUUCAAGCAGCCAGUGGCAGCUACCAGGACAGCUGUUCGGGCUGCUGACUACCUGCACGUGGCCCUAGGCCUGCUGGAGAGGAAGCUGCGGUCCCUGUGGCCAGGCCCCUUCAAUGUCACAGAUGUGCUGACACCUGUCCAGAUGAAUCUGCUGUCCAAGACUAGCGGCUGCGCCUACCAGGACCUGGGGGUGAGAUGCCCAGAGAAGGACAAGUACCGAACCAUCACCGGGCAGUGCAACAACAGGCGCAGUCCCACACUGGGGGCCUCCAAUCGCGCCUUUGUGCGCUGGCUGCCGGCCGAAUACGAGGAUGGCCAUUCCUUGCCCUUCGGCUGGACGCCAGGGGUCAAGCGCAAUGGCUUCCCGGUGCCCCUGGCUCGCGCCGUCUCCAACGCCAUCGUGCGCUUCCCCACAGAGCAGCUGACCCCCGACCAGGAGCGCUCGCUCUUAUUCAUGCAGUGGGGCCAGCUGCUGGACCAUGACCUUGACUUUACCCCUGAGCCUGCCGCCCGAGUUGCUUUCCUCACUGGCAUCAACUGUGAGACCAGCUGCCUGCAGCAGCCACCCUGCUUCCCGCUCAAGAUCCCGCCCAACGACCCCCGCAUCAAGAACCAACGUGACUGCAUCCCCUUCUUCCGCUCCUGCCCGGCCUCCAAAAGCAACAUCACCAUCCGAAACCAGAUCAAUGCGCUCACCUCCUUCGUGGACGCCAGCAUGGUGUACGGCAGCGAGGAUCCCUUGGCCAUGAAACUGCGCAACCUGACCAACCAGCUGGGGCUGCUGGCUGUCAACAUCCACUUCCGAGACAACGGCCGGGCCCUGCUGCCCUUCGACAACAUGCACGAUGACCCCUGCCUCCUCACCAACCGCUCCGCCAAUCCCUGCUUCCUGGCAGGGGACAGCCGCGCCAGUGAGAUGCCUGGGCUCACCUCCUUGCACACACUCCUUUUGCGGGAGCACAACAGGCUGGCCACACAGCUCAAGCGCCUGAACCCCAGGUGGGAUGGGGAGAGGCUCUACCAGGAAGCCAGGAAGAUUGUGGGAGCCAUGGUCCAGAUCAUCACUUACCGGGACUACUUGCCCCUGGUGCUGGGGCCAGAGGCCAUGAAGAAGUACCUGCCCAAGUACCGCUGCUACAAUGACUCGGUGGACCCUCGCAUCGCCAACGUUUUCACCAACGCCUUCCGCUACGGCCACACCCUCAUCCAACCCUUCACCUUCCGCCUGGACAGUCGGUACCGGCCCAUGCAGCCCAACCCCCGUGUUCCGCUCAGCAAGGCUUUUUUUGCCACCUGGAGGGUAGUGCUGGAAGGUGGCAUCGACCCCCUCCUCCGGGGCCUCAUGGCCACCCCCGCCAAGCUGAAUCGCCAGAACCAAAUCGUGGUAGAUGAGAUUCGGGAGCGGUUGUUUGAGCAGGUCAUGAGGAUCGGGCUGGACCUGCCUGCUCUCAACAUGCAGCGCAGCCGGGACCACGGCCUCCCAGGGUACAAAGCCUGGAGGCGCUUCUGCGGGCUCCCAGAGCCCAGCACGGUGGGCGAGCUGGGCACGGUGCUAAAGAACCUGGACCUGGCGAGGAAGCUGAUGGCCCAGUACGGCACGCCCGCCAACAUUGACAUCUGGAUGGGCGGUGUGGCCGAGCCCUUGAACAGGAAAGGCCGCGUGGGCCCGCUCCUCGCCUGCCUCAUCGGGACCCAGUUCAGGAAGCUCCGCGACGGCGAUCGGUUUUGGUGGCAGAACAAGGGCGUGUUCAGCAAGCAGCAGCAGCAGGCCCUGGCCAAGAUCUCCUUGUCCCGCAUCAUCUGCGACAACACGGGCAUCACCGUCGUGUCCAAGAAAAACAUCUUCAUGUCCAACAGGUUCCCUCGGGACUUUGUCAACUGCAGUACACUCCCUGCCUUGAACUUGACUUCCUGGAGGGUCAGGGACUAGAGGCUGGGUGGGGGGGGGGGUGCGGCGGCGAGGUGAAGGCUGGGCAUACUUGGGCUGGCCCGUUGGAACAACAGACAUCUCCCUUCUGUACGUGAGUCCAUCCCUGUCCUGGGUGUCAGCCAAAAAAAUGACCCAGACCUUCAUUUGUACAUGCGUGUGCGUGCGUAUGUGUGUGUGCGCACGUGUGUGUGCAUGCAUGCACGCAAUAAAUACAAUACAUAUACAUUG